AUGAAUAGUGUAAAUUUUAGAGUAGUAAUUCAACUAACCUAUUUUAUAAUGGUACUUACAAUAAAGUUAGUUAAUCAUAAUGCAGAAUACUUUUAAGUUAUCUUUAGUAUGAUUUUGACAAUACUGUUUAUACCAUUUAAUAGAUAUAUCAAUACAUGCGUUGAACAAUAAUAAUUGAUAUGUAAAACCUUGUGGUAAAUUCUCAAUCUCUUUUGUUUGGGUAGUGUAGAUUUUGGAUUGAAAAACGAUGGAUUAUUAGGCAGAUUUUAAUACUUUUGGUUGGGAUUGACAAUUUAAUUGGAAUAAGACACUACGAUUCUAAAUUAAAUAGCCAGAGUUGGAUAUUUGUUGGCUGUCAUUGCAUCGGCAAAUUUGACAGCAAUUUAUUUAUUGAUAGAUUCAUCCUAAAUUGGAAUAAUUUUCGGAGAAGCCCUCUGUGGUCUGCUUUUGAUCUAUUAAUUAUUUGCAAAGACAAAGACAUAGACAUAGACAAAAACAUUGCCUCAAAAGAAACCAAGCUCUCGUAGUUUUACAGAGAAAUUAGAAAGUCCUUAAUAAUAAAUUUUUGAUGAAGAUUCAAACUAAAUUAAAUUUAUGUCACUAAAUUAAGGGAUAGUUAAAAACCCUUCUAUUUAUUCAAAAGAUCCAUCAGUUUUCGAAUAGAUAGAAUAAUAGAAAACCUUUUAUGAGAUUUUAUUUAACUAAUUUCCUGAGGGUAUAAUUAUCAUCAAUGAUCAAAAUAAGAUUGACUAUCAUAAUAAUCAAGUAUAUACCUUCUUGGGCAGAAAACAUUGUCAAAACAGAGAUUAUAUACUAUCUCGCUUGUAUGAGCUAAAGAACUACAGCUCCAAAUUUCAAUUUGAGGAACAAGCAUAAUUUGAUAAGUUUUUCUCAAGACUGGAUAAAAACCUAAAAUAUAAUCAACAUGAAUACUUUUAACCUUUUGAUUAACAAUUUGAUCAAUAAUUAAAUGAUGAUUAUUCUAAAGAGAGUAUCUUUAAUAAUAAUUUCGAUGACAAUCUGACCGAUUACUAUUAUCAAGCUGAACUUAGCAAGGCUGAAACACUGAAAUAAGAAUUAGAUAAGGCCUUCUAAUUGUCUCCCUAUGCUAGAUAAAUGUCUGGUCGUUCUGAAAAAACAUAUAAAGGAAAGGAUAAAAUAAGAUUUUCACCAGAAGUUAAAAAAAUGCUCUGUAUGAUAGAGGAAUCAGCAGAAGAUCAAAUUAAUGAAUUAUAAGAAGAUAAGUCUUAAGAAGAUUGCAAUCCAGGUUUAUUGAUUUAAAUAACAAUCAAACCCUACAUUUAUGAAAAUAAAAGAAGUGUUUUAUUACUGAUACGGGAUGUAUCAUUAUUUAAUCAAUUCAAAGUUUUGUAAUAGCAAAAUAAAAACAAAUCUAGGAUGUUAUCCUAUGUUUCUCAUGAGCUACGUAAUCCAUUAGCAGCUAUAAUUGAAAUCAAUAAAUAGCUGAUGGCAUAAUUUCAAUAAGACGAAAACUUGACAUUAAAAUAUCUGUAACCUAUGAAGAGUUCUGCAACAUCAAUUUAAGCAUUGGCAACUGACUUAUUGGAUCUAGCUUAACUGAAAGCAGGAAAAUUUAUGUUAACAUAUGCAGAUUUUUCAAUCAAAUAAUUAUUGAAUGAUGCAAUAUCAAUUAUGUAAUAUCCAGUAAAAUUGAGGAAUUUAAAUCUAAAAUUAGAUUUUGAUCCCAAGCUUCCACAAAUUAUCAAAUCUGAUUAAUAGAGAAUAUAAUAGAUAAUUUUUAAUCUGAUUAGUAAUGCCACCAAAUUUACAAAAGAAGGCGGAAUCACUGUGACAGCUAGAUUGUUAUAGGCAAAACUAAUAGAAAUUUCUGUUGAAGACACAGGAGUAGGUUUGAAGCCAGAAGAUAAAAAUAAAUUGUUCUAACCAUUUGGAAAAUUGGAAGACACAAAGAACAUGAAUACUUAAGGAGUAGGGUUAGGAUUGAUGAUAAGCAAUGUGUUGGCCUAAAAGCUAAGUGGGAAUGAUGAAGGAUUAUAAGUUGAUUCAAAAGGAGUAGAUAAAGGAUCUAGAUUUCUAUUUAAAAUAUAGGAUGUAAGCGAUAAUUAAAUUUCUACUUAAUUGGAAUCCAAAAUUCUUAAUAGAAAAGAGAGUAGUUCCAAUAAUAUACAAAUUCAAAAGAAGUUUGAAGAAUAAAUAAUAGGAUAAUCUUUCAAUUGUAGAUGUCCUCAAAUUAUAAUCGCUGAUGAUGAGCCACUCAAUUUAUAAGCUUUAGGGUGGAAAUUAGAUCGUAUGAAAUACAUUCACCUACAAGCGAAAAGUGGUUAAGAAUGCAUAGAAAUUCUCUAGAAUUGGCAAAAUAAUAGAGAGUAUUGUUGUAACUGGAUUAAAUUUAUCAUCAUUGACAUUAAUAUGCCUUACUUAAAUGGAUAUUAGACUUCUAAAUUAGUAAGAUAAAUGGAGGUGGAGAAAUAGGUUAAAAGAUGUAAAAUUAUAGGUUGUAGUGGAUUUACAGAUUAUGAAAGCAAAAGAGUAGGAUUUGAAAAUGGAAUGGAUACCUUUAUUUCAAAGCCAGUAGAAGAUAAGGAGUUAUAAAGUGCCUUAUAAGCUUAAUGA